AUGGCUCCACCGAAUCCCCCACCCAGAGACGCGUCCAUGUUCGGCACAUAUCUCCCACCCUCAGCGCGCCACGGCGUCCAAGAAGCCCGUCGUCCGCCGCACAACUCCGGCCCCAUGUUCAACCCCCACCACCGCAUCAACGAAGCCAUCAGCGCCCUAUGCGCAAUCCGCCACUCCAUGUCCGAGCUCGAGACCCAGCACCGCAGCGCUCUCGAGACCAAGGACGCUAAGAUCGCGACCCUUCAGCAGAGUUUCAAAAACCUGAACACUUUGCAUAGGACCUCCAAAGCUCGAAUCGACGACAAAGUCCUGUUGCAGGGCAAACUGCAAAACGACAUUAAGAUACUGAAGCGGGAACUUGCGGCUGAGAAGGCGAAGAAGGGUGUUGUGGACCAGGAUAUGGAGAAGCGGGUUAUCGAGGUGAGACAGCAGAACGCUUUGUUGACUGCUAAGGUGUUGGGGCUCGAGAAGGAGCUUGCGGAUGAGAGAGCGAGGGGGAAGGAGAAUAGGGAUGCGAAGAGGGAGUUGGAGGUUAUGAAGACGAAGUUGGCGGAUAUGGUUAAGGGGGGGAAGGUUAAGGUUGAGGUGGUUGAGUAG